AUGAAGAAGUCGUCGCUGUCCCUGGAGGACUUCGAAAACCUUCUUUUCCAGGCAGAACGCCUCUGUGGAUAUGCAAUGGGGAAAAUGUCACUAAGCUACCGAGCCAAUCAAGCGAUGUGCGCCAGAGAAACUCUCGGAGUGGUUUUUCUUGUCAUCGAUACUCUGUACUGUGCAGCAAAAAUAUUGGGGGACCGCUCGAUGAAGGAGCUUUGGUGGCCUCGGAUAAUGCGUCGCAUAGAAGGUGUAAAGUACAUUCCCAGCGCAGUGGUACCGUCGCUUACCAAGUGCAUUAGGAACUUAGACGUCGCACGCACGCUGUCUGCAGCGCUAGAAUACUACAGAAGAGGCGAGCGGCCUCCGCCUCGCAUGGUGAUCGGCUUGAAGGAAGCGCUAUUCUGUGAAAAGUGCCCUUCGUCGAAGUUCAAUCAAGAAAAGUGGGACUUAUGGAGGGAAGACGUGAGGAGCUGGCGCCGACACAUACAGCUGAUGUUGGCCGAAAGUAAAUGA